CCCAGCAUGCAGAGAGGCUAGAUUAUCGUUGCGCGUCCAUUGUACCAUUAGACUACUUUUCCCAGAAAGCCGGGGGACGCUGUGGGGCGGGGCUUAGGUCCCACGUGCAGAAGGGACUGGCGGAGGCUCCGGGGCUCAGCGGGAAGCGGAGAGCCGACUAGGAAGAUUUCUGGGUCUUUCACCGGCCAGGGGAUUUCUCACAGUCUCCAGCCAUGCGGCUCUCUGCUCUGCUGGCCUUGGCAUCCAAGGUCACUCUGCCUCCCAAUUACCGCUAUGGGAUGAGCCGCCCAGGCUCCUUGUCAGACAAGAAGAAGAACCCUCCAGGGACUAGGCGGCGCCGGGUGGCUGUGGAACCUAUCUCUGAUGAAGACUGGCAUCUGUUCUGUGGGGACAGGGUCGAGAUCCUAGAAGGCAAGGACGCUGGGAAGCAAGGCAAAGUGGUUCAAGUUAUCCGGCAGCGAAACUGGGUGGUCGUGGAGGGGCUGAAUACACAUUAUCGCUAUGUUGGCAAGACCGUGGAUUACCGGGGAACCAUGAUCCCCAGCGAAGCACCCUUGCUCCACAACCAGGUCAAACUUGUGGAUCCUGUGGACAGGAAACCCACUGAGGUGGAGUGGAGAUUCACUGAGGCAGGAGAGCGGGUACGAGUCUCCAGAAGAUCAGGAAGAAUUAUCCCUAAACCUGAAUUUCCCAGAGCUGAUGGCAUCGUCCCUGAAACAUGGAUUGGUGGCCCCAAAGACACAUCAGUGGAAGAUGCUCUAGAAAAAACCUAUGUGCCCAGUCUAAAGACACUGGAGGAGGAGGUGAUGGAGGCGAUGGGGAUCCAGGAGACUCGGAGACAUAAGAAAGUCUAUUGGUAUUGAGUCUGGGGAGAGCUGCUUCUCCCCUCCUUGCCUUAACCUUGAAGAUUGGGGCCACCUCUUCUUCAGACUCUAAUAAAGAGCCUUGGGUCCUGUG